ACUAAGCUUAAAUAAAGUGGUCAGUGUCAGCCUUUAUAUCUACAUGAAUACACUGAAAGAAUAUAAUGAAUAAUCUAUGUUUAAUGUACACUGAUCAGUCAUAACAUUAUAACUGAUUUUCUCCUCAUCAUGGCACCUGUUAGUGGGUGGGAUAUAUUAGGCUGCAAAUGAACAUUUUGUCCUCAAAGUUGAUGUUAGAUGCAGGAAAAAUGGGCAAGUGUAAGGAUUUGAGCAAUUUUGACAAGGGCCAGAUUGUGAUGGCUAGACGACUGGAUCAGAGCAUCUCCAAAACUGCAGCUCUUGUGGGGUGUUCCCGGUCUGCAGUGGUCAGUAUUUAUCAAAAGUGCUCCAAGGAAGAAACAGUGUUGAACCGGUGACAGGGUCAUGGACUACCGAGGCUCAUUGAUACACAUGGGGAGUAAAGGCUGACCCGUGUGAUCCGAUCCAACAGACAAGCUACUGUUGCUCAAACUGCUGAAGAAGUUAAUGCUGGUUCUGAUAGAAAGGUGUCAGAAUACACAGUGCAUGAUGGGUCAGCAAAAAGGGGACCAACACAAUAUUAGGCUGGUGGUCAUAAUGUUAUGCCUGAUCAGUGUAUAAGUUUUAUUCUGUUAUUUACUCCCCUGUAUACAGAAGAUGACAAAUAUCCUUGUAAAAGGGUAGUAUUGAUUUUAUCAAAUGUUUAUUUAAAAUCCUGUCUUUAAAAAAAAAAAUCUAAUUACACUAUGAUUAUUUGUGUGUAAACAAAAGCACUUUAAUCGCUUAUUAAUCUUUCGGAGCUGGUUGGCACAUAUAGUUGGCACAGAAAUUCUUUUUUUUCCUGUUAAUAUCCAGUGAAUAAUUCCUUUGUAUGCCAUGUUGAAGUAAGCAGAAGACAGUGGUCAAUGUCAUGGCCACCUGAAACUAGUCCAAUGUUUAACACUGUUGAGAUUGGUUGGCAUAGUUGAGUAGUUCUCAGCUGAACAAAUGUCCAUUGGGUCAGCUGUCCUGAAUGAAAGUGUUAUAAGACUGGCUAAGAGAUACAGAAUCUGUCAAAUAAUGAAGAUGAAGGGAAUACUGCUGCUGCUGUCUUCUCUGUGCUCUGUUUCUGGUCUUGUGAGGGUGCCUCUGAUGAAGAUGCCCACUCUGAGGAGUCAUUUAAGGGCGACUAACCAGCUGGCAGACUUUCUGAAGGAUCAUCAGGUGGACGCUUUCUCUCGCCGAUAUGCCCAGUGUUACCCGUACAGCUUAGUAUCUCUCAAACCAGGCAAAGCAGCAGAGAGACUCUACAACUUUAUGGAUGCACAGUACUAUGGACAGAUCAGUCUGGGAACCCCAGAGCAGAACUUCACUGUUAUCUUUGACACUGGAUCUGCUGAUUUGUGGGUGCCUUCAUCUUACUGUGUCAGUCACGCAUGUGCUGCACAUCACAGGUUCAAGGCUGUGGAGUCGAGCACCUACAUUCACGAUGGCCGAAUCUUUGGCAUUCACUAUGGCUCUGGACACCUGCUGGGCAUCAUGGCUAAAGAUAAGCUGACGGUGGGCUCUAUGGUUCUGCCGGAUCAAGUGUUUGGGGAGUCAGUGUACGAGCCAGGCAUGUCCUUUGUCAUGACCAAGUUUGAUGGGGUUUUGGGCCUCAGUUACCCGUCGCUGGCAGAGGAGCUGGGAGCACCUGUAUUUGACAACAUCAUGAAGCAGAAGAAAGUGGAAAAGCCCAUGUUUUCCUUCUACCUCAGCAAUAAUAGCAACAGUACCAGUCUGGGAGGUGAACUCAUGCUGGGAGGUAUGGAUGAAGAGCUCUUUAUUCCUCCCAUUAACUGGCUCCCAGUCACUCUAAAAGGCUACUGGCAGAUCAAACUGGAUGAAGUGAAGGUUCAGGGAAGUGCUACCUUCUGUCACUCUCACAGCUGCCAAACGAUUGUCGACACAGGAACGACUCUCAUCACUGGACCGACAUCGUACAUCCUGAUCCUUCAGCAGCUCAUUGGAGCUACACCUACUGCCAUAGGAGAGUAUCUGGUUGAUUGCUCCAGGAUCAGCAGUUUGCCUGUGGUGUCUUUUGUACUAAAUGGAGUAGAAUACGUCCUUACUGCAGAUGCAUAUAUCCGCAGAGAUACAAUAAAUGGAAAAGACAUUUGCAUAAGCGGCUUUCAAGCAACAGAUAUCAUGUCUCCAUUUGGACCUAUAUGGAUUCUUGGGGACAUUUUCCUCUCACAGGUUUACAGUAUCUACGACAGGGGGGAGGACCGGGUUGGCUUUGCUCAACUCUCUGACAAGGUCAAAAGGCUCUCUACUCAGUAGCAGUGGACAUCAGGCUCCCUCACUUCCUGGUUCAGUGAAAUAUUUAAUCAUUAAAAUCAUGUGUUUGAAUGCAGUCAGUUAUUUCACAGUUUUGAGAAGCAAAGUGAUUGACAGCUGACAUUUUGUGACGACAGUGACUAAUUAAACUCGUGUUUAAUCUCUCAGCAUCUGUCAUUGAGUCCAGACUUCCUCACUCCUCACUUCCUCGUUAACUACACAGUUUAACUGUAUUUACUGAAUAAUUGAUGAUAUGAUAAUUUAAUAGAUGAUAAGCAGAAUAAUAAGCUGGGUUUUAUGUUUAAUCACAUGAGUUUAAGAAUUUCUGUCGAUUUGGUGAAAAGAUGAGGAUUCAGUUUCUUAAAUGUAGUUGGAUGUAAUUCAGAUUAUUUAUGUGAGACUAUGUGAUCUCUAGAUUUCUGUUCUGCUGGCUUUUUUUAAAUUAAUGACUGUGUCUGUAGAUAUGACUCAAUAAUCUAGUAAAUAUAGGUUUCCUUUCAUUUAAUUUUUUUUGUCCUGUAUGCAUAUUACUCUGGUAUACACCGAUCAGCCAUAACAUUAUGAGCACUGAGAGGUGAAGUGAAUAACACUGAGUAUCUCCUCGUCAUGGCACCUGUUAGUGUAAAAUAAAAUAAAUAAAA